AUGACGGUCGUCUUCCGCCGUCUAACGCCACAAGACGCUGUUCUCUAUCGUCUCAUCCGACUUCGCGCACUCGUAGACUCCCCACACGAAUUCAGCAGCACAUUCACUCGCGAACUUGCCUUUACGCUUGAUACAUGGACGGUCCGACUGCAAAACGCGGAAGCAGCAACAUUUAUCGCAUACGACUCUCCUCCACCCGAUAUAAACUUGGAUGGCGAAACGAAGGCAGUAGGAGAGACGCUGGAAUGGAAGACCCCAGAUGAAUUCGCCCUCCCAACGACACACGACGACCGAUUCGCUGCGUAUAAAGGGAUGAUUACAUGCAUUCGAUCGUUUGAAUCUCCCUACGAGGACGCGUUCGUAGUCGGUUUUUGGGUACUACCUGCAGCGCGCAGCCAAGGUAUUGGUCGCACGCUUGUCAAUCAUGCACUCGAGUGGGCAAAAAGUCAUGACGGAGAUAACAUUCCAUUCAAAAGGGUUCUUCUCGACGUUGUAAAGAAUAAUGUUCCGGCGAGGCGUGCCUAUGAAAGAUGUGGUUUUGUCGUACAAGGAGAGAGUCCAGAGGACGCAAAAGAGACAAACACAGACCCAUUGUGCUUGGAGGAAGAAGAAUUCAUUAUCGCAACGCCACACGAGGAUCGAUUCGCUGCAUACAAGGGAAUGAUCACGUGUCUCCGGUCGUUUGGAUCUCACCACGACGCGUUUAUUGUUGGGAUGUGCCAAGGCAUCGCUCGUGCAUUCGUCGCACGGGCGCUCGAAUGGGCAAAGAGUUAUGGCGGAGAUGCGAAACCGUUCAAGAAAGUCUUUCUCAACGUCGUUAAAGACAAUGUCCUAGCCCGGCGCGUCUACGAAAAGUGUGGCUUUGUCGCAUAUGAGGAAACAGAGAACCAAAGGGAGACACGCUACGUUCACGAAAUUGAGAUCAAAUGA